AAACUACUUCACGAACGAAGAACUCAUCGUCUGAGAGCCAAAACAAAUCUCCCACCACCUGAACUGAACGUAGGCAUCAGACUCAACUGAACAAUCUCUCCGAUGUGGGAACAUUCCCGCCGAAUCAAUAACCCUUCGUCGAACUUUAUAUCGGUGUCUUCUCCGCCAUGAUCAGACGCCAAGCCUCCGCCUUCACUUCCUUCUCACUCUCUUUCCUCUUCCUCCUCGUUUCUCUCUCUCUCCUCCCUUUCAAACCCUCUCUUUUCCCUUCUCAACCGCUAACCCUAAGUUCCUCACAACCCAAUUUAACUCUGCCCCCAACCCCUCCCCCUCGCAACAACUACAUCGUCCGGUUUCUCCAGUACAAGCCUGCGGAGGAGCAUCGGGAUUAUCUCGAGUCGAGUGUUCGAUCCGACGGCUGGGAAUGGAUCGACCGGAAGAAUCCGUCAUCCAAGUACCCGACCGAUUUCGGGUUGGUUUCGAUCCAGGAGAUUGCGAGGGAGAGGGUGAUUGGGGAGAUUAGGAAAUUGGGGCUGGUGAAGGAUGUAAAUAUGGACUUGACCUACAGGAGGGGUUUACUUGAGCAGAAGAGGAAGGGUAAGUGGCGCUGGGGUAGGGCCAGGGUUGGCGCUUUUGUCGACGGGAAGAAGCGACCAGGGAAGAUUUUUACGGCGAUGUCGUUUAGCGAGGGCGAUGGCGAGGGAGAGUAUUAUUCUGCGAUUAGCAAUUCUUCGAUUAGGUGGGGACGCCACUUUUUGAUGCAGAAGUCUCAAGUUACUUCCUUGUUCGGAGCUGAAGUUCUGUGGUCAAAAGGUUAUACUGGUGCAAAAGUCAAAAUGGCCAUCUUUGACACUGGCAUUCGAGCUAAUCAUCCACAUUUUCGUAAUAUCAAGGAGCGUACAAACUGGACCAAUGAGGAUACACUAAAUGACAAUCUCGGACAUGGUACAUUUGUUGCUGGUGUUAUAGCUGGUGGAGAUGCAGAGUGUCUUGGUUUUGCUCCAGAUACAGAGAUUUAUGCUUUUCGUGUGUUUACUGAUGCACAGGUAUCAUACACAUCAUGGUUCCUUGAUGCGUUCAAUUAUGCCAUGGCAACCAAUAUGGAUGUACUCAAUUUGAGUAUAGGAGGACCUGAUUACUUGGAUCUCCCAUUUGUAGAGAAGGUUUGGGAAAUAACAGCAAAUAACAUAAUUAUGGUCUCGGCAAUUGGAAAUGAUGGACCACUUUAUGGUACUUUAAACAAUCCAGCAGACCAAAGUGAUGUCAUCGGCGUUGGUGGCAUUGACUACAAUGACCACAUAGCCUCAUUUUCUUCACGUGGGAUGAGUACUUGGGAGAUUCCUCAUGGUUAUGGUCGUGUGAAGCCAGAUGUCGUUGCCUAUGGGCGAGAAAUUAUGGGUUCCAAGAUCAGUACUGGUUGUAAAAGUUUAUCAGGCACUAGUGUGGCAAGUCCCGUGGUUGCUGGUGUUGUAUGCUUGCUUGUUAGUGUCAUCCCCGAAAGCAGGCAGAAAGACAUUUUAAAUCCGGCAAGCAUGAAACAAGCAUUGGUUGAGGGAGCUGCUAAGCUUUCAGGUCCCAAUAUGUAUGAGCAGGGUGCAGGCAGAGUUGAUCUGUUAGAAUCAUUUGAAAUCCUUAAGAACUACCAACCACGGGCAAGCAUCUUCCCUGGUGUUCUGGAUUAUACAGAUUGCCCUUAUUCCUGGCCUUUUUGUCGUCAACCACUCUAUGCAGGUGCCAUGCCUGUCAUCUUUAAUGCCACUAUUUUGAAUGGGAUGGGUGUAAUUGGCUAUGUUGAAAGUCCACCAACAUGGCAUCCUUCCAAUGAGGAAGGGAAUCUGUUAAGCAUUCACUUUACUUAUUCUGAGGUCAUCUGGCCUUGGACUGGUUAUUUAGCGCUUCACAUGCAAAUUAAGGAGGAAGGUUCCCAGUUUUCUGGAGAGAUUGAGGGCAAUGUAACUCUUCAGGUGUACAGUCCUCCAGCUCGAGGAGAGAAUCGCCCUCGAAUCAGUACAUGUGUGCUUCACUUGAAGUUAAAAGUGGUCCCAACUCCAGCAAGGCCAAAACGUGUUUUAUGGGAUCAGUUCCACAGUAUUAAAUAUCCUCCUGGUUAUAUUCCAAGAGAUUCUCUUGAUGUUCGUAAUGACAUUCUUGACUGGCAUGGAGAUCACCUGCAUACGAAUUUUCACAUUAUGUUCAACAUGUUGCGAGAUGCUGGAUAUUUUGUUGAAACUCUUGGUUCUCCUCUUACAUGCUUUGAUGCUCGCCAGUACGGGACACUUCUGCUGGUAGAUCUCGAAGAUGAGUACUUUGAGGAGGAGAUUGAAAAGCUGAGAGAUGAUGUUAUUAGUACCGGGCUGGGGCUUGCUGUAUUUGCUGAGUGGUAUAAUGUGGAAACAAUGGUAAAAAUGAGAUUUUUUGAUGAUAAUACACGUAGCUGGUGGACUCCAGUUACUGGAGGUGCAAAUAUUCCAGCACUUAAUGAUCUUUUGGCCCCAUUUGGGAUUGCUUUUGGAGAUAAGAUUCUUAAUGGUGAUUUUUCUAUUGAUGGUGAGCAGAGUCGAUAUGCAUCUGGAACAGAUAUAGUGAGGUUUCCGGCAGGUGGUUUUGUGCACAGUUUCCCUUUCCUGGAUAGCUCAGAGAGUGGGGCCACUCAAAAUGUAUUGUUGACUUCAGGCAUGACCAAGGCAGACUCUCCCAUUCUUGGUCUUUUAGGUGUGGGUGAUGGUCGGGUUGCAGUAUAUGGAGACUCCAAUUGUUUAGACAGCAGCCACAUGGUCACCAAUUGUUAUUGGCUUUUGAAAAAAAUAUUGGAUUACACUAGCGGGAACAUCAGAGAUCCGGUGCUUUUCUCUGAUUCAGUCAAACGAGAUACACGCUUGCAUGUAGAAGACAACCAAUUACCUUUGCGCAGAACUGAUGUUAAUUUCUCUACUUAUUCAGCUGUUGUGGGAAAGGAAUUGAUCUGCAGGAGUGACUCCAGAUAUGAAAUUUGGGGGACUAAGGGAUACAAUUUACAGGUUAGGGGAAGAAACAGAAAACUGCCCGGUUAUCCUCUCAUUGAUUUGGGGAGAGGUUUAAAUUCAACAGUAGGCAGUUCCAAUUUGAGGCAUCCCAAGUUGCCUGUGAAAAAUAAGGGUGAUUCGGGAAAGGGAUACUUGGACCUGAUCUACCGGGAUGAGGCUGAGGCACCAGUAACAAUUGCUAGUCAUUGGCUUGUUCCUGCGGUAGUUGCAGUAACUGGUCUGCUUUUGUUUUUGAGCUUUUGGCGAAUUCGACAGAAGCGACGCCGACGAAGGAAAGGAUCUGGUUCUGGUCGUUUUGCCAAUCUGUAGUAAGGAAUUGAAGUUUUCUGUAGCUUAACCCUGUAUCAUUGUUAUACUACCAUAGAAUUUCUUUGUAACAUGUUACACGUUUGAGAUUUUUGUUUUCGGCAUCACCACAGGAAGUUAGUUUUGUAUUCUUCAUAGGUUUGUAGUUUUAUUCUUUGCUAGGAUGCUCUUCAGUGCACAAUUUUUCAAUAUAGUGAAACAUGCAAUCACCGGUAACAGCCUAGUGGAAAGUUCUAGCCCCUGUAGAGCAAAAAAGUUAUGAGUUCAAAUUUCUGGCUAUUUCUUUUCUUUGCAAAGAGAAAUCAUGGUUCCUUGAGAUAAAGACUUCUAGAACAAUUAGAAAAACGUGGAAAAAUAAAUAGGAAAUAAAACUAAAAAUUUCUUUUGAGGUUAGCAUACGUCUUGGAGUUGGCAGAUGAUAUCUUGUAGGUCAUGUUAUGGUUAAUUAUUUAUUAGUAAGGGAAAAUGCAUGCUUCUCUUCCAAUUUAUGAAACAUUUUACAUUUUGCGGCACAAACUACAAAUAUUGAUACAUUGUAACAAAAAACCAACAAAUAGAUGUCGUACAAAUGUAAGAUGCCUAUUAUUUAAAAAUUAUCUUUUAAAUCAAAUUAUGCCGUGUGGAUGGUGUGUGAUAUAAAGGCCUUUAAAUAGAAUUGUUCUAUAUAUUUUCCUUCUUAAUUUGUGUUAAUAUGUGGCAGAAUAAAGAGAGGUCCUCUGGUUUCUUAAAUGCAUUCAAGAGGGAGGAAGCUAUAAAGGAAAAUGAUUAACUUGCAUUUCUCCUACAACUUUAUAUUAAAUGAAUGGUAUCUUUGUAAAAUUGAAAGCCAUUUUUACUGAAGUGGCAUCCUUGCAUUGGCUGAUUUGAAAUGGAUUGUAAAAGAGUUGUAAUUAUAAUUUAUAUUAGCACCCAACUGCAAAACUAGGUCUGCAAAAGUCCAGCAUCUCUGGCAGACUUUUAUGUCAACUCUCAAAAUGGCUGAGAGGGAAGGCUUUAAAUUCACAUACCCAAACAAUGCAAGCUAGAUUUUAGGGAGAUGUCCAUGGAUUUGAUCUCUUGCCG